AUGUCUGGCGAGGCGUGGCUCUUCCUGUUCUCGGUGCUUAUAAACGCCGUCAACUUGUUCCUGCAGGUCUUCUUCACGAUUAUGUACAGCGAUCUCGAAUGUGACUACAUCAACCCCAUCGACCUCUGCAACCGCCUGAACACCUACAUCAUCCCCGAGGCUGCCGUACACGGAUUCUUAACCUUCUUGUUCCUCAUCAACGGAUACUGGAUUCCUUUGAUAGUCAACCUUCCGCUGUUGGCCUGGAAUGCGAAGAAGAUCGUCGAGAACACGCACCUGCUGGACGCAACCGAGAUCUUUAGGAAGCUGAACGUUCAUAAGAAGGAGUCCUUCAUUAAGCUCGGCUUCCACCUGCUCAUGUUCUUCUUCUACCUCUACAAGAUGAUCGUUGCCCUCAUUAAGGACGAGGCCAACUAA